CCAUAUGCAACUUUCGCCUUAACACCACUGAGUGCCAUCCAGACAGAUGCUUGUGCAGACACUGCAACAAUUGCACUAAUUAACGUCUGCAAGUGAAAUUACAACCCGAAACCCCAGACCGUGAUGGCUGGCAGCAGGAUGAAGUUGGAGUUGUCCAAAGUGGUUCAGGGAAGAUGUCGUUUGGGUCAACUGAAGGAGAUAGGAAGGAUGGGGCAGCACAGUCUGGACAUUCCAGGAUGUCUUCUGUACACGCACCUUGGCAGCGUUCCGCACCUCACCCAGGACACCCUGCACACUCUCAGCAGCCUCCCCACUGCCACUCAGGUCACUCUAUCCAACAUUGCAGAGCACCAAGAAGUGCUGGAUGAGUUUAAAGGCGGAUUUAAGACGUUUGCAGGUCUCCAUGAUACCGUGUUGUACUGCUCACUCCACGACUCUGCAGCCCACAGCCCGACGGGCCACACCACCAACAAGACGGUGUCGGUGUGGGGCAGCGGUGGGCGGACAGAGCUGACAGUGGCUAAGUUCAUGGCCCUCCAGAGGACGGUGCAGCCAGACUGGUACCAGGCCAUGGCAGACGGGGAGACCUGGCAGACCGGCACCUCGCGGAAAAGGGUUCGAAAGUCAGUGGACCGAUCUCUGGCUCAUUUGGACGAGUGUCUGAUGGUGCAUCAGAAAUCACAGGAAUUGGAUGGAGUCAGUGUGUUUGGGGUGGUGGAGGGAGGGGACAUCUUGGAAGAGAGACUGCGCUCGGCCAGGGAGACGGCCAAAAGGCCCGUAGCAGGAUUCUGCCUGGACGGCUUCCAGACCGGUGCCAUGGAUCAGGCCCUGAGGAGCCAGCUCAUCGCUGCUGUCACUGAGGAGCUGCCUGAGGACAAACCCAGAUUGCUGCAGGGCGUGGGGCGACCCGACGAGGUGCUGGCGUGCGUCGAAGCAGGCGUAGACCUUUUCGAGGGCUUCUUCCCAUUCCAGGCGACGGAACGGGGCUGCGCUCUCUGCUUCCGCUUCGACGUCACACCGGACCCGGAGAGCGCAGGUAGAGCCCGCCUGACAGUGGCUGAUGAAGAGCGGCACGCAGCGGGGGAGACGCAGCCGAACGGAGAUCUUAAUUGUGACGAUCAAACACACAUGACGCGCUUCGAGAUGGAUCUCAAAGACAAAAGGCACCAGGACGACUUCAGGCCCCUGGUAGAAGGGUGUGGCUGCUACUGCUGCAGGAACCACCAGAGGGCGUAUGUGCACCACCUGCUGGUGACCAAUGAGCUGCUGGCUGGAGUCCUCCUCAUGAUUCACAACACAAGCCACUACCACAGCUUCUUCAGGGCAGUCAGAGACGCUUUGGCCAAUGACAAAAUGGACCUCCUGAGGAGGCGUGUGCUUGGGACAGUAAAGGAGUAAAGCGGAUGACUGAGAGGGACUUGGAGGGGACAAAGCAGAAAAUGUUUCUCUAAAACUGGCACAACGCCGGUUACAGUAAUGCUGCACAGACCUUCAGAUGACUUAUGUUUGCUAAACCCAGAUCUCUGAAAAAUAAAGAAGAGGAGCAGAUAAA